AGGAGGUACGUCUUCAACAAGAAGAAGAAAGGCACAAAAAGAGAAAGAGAGAGAGAGAGAAACGCAGAGAAAAGAAGAUGAUACUUGCGGUGCUGUUUGCCAACGCCGAGGGCAAUAUCCUAAUCGAACGUUUUCAUGGAGUUCCUGCAGAGGAGCGCCUACAUUGGCGUUCUUUCUUGGUUAAACUUGGAGCUGAUAAUCUUAAAGGUGUCAAAAACGAAGAGCUCCUAGUUGCUUGCCACAAGUCAGUUUAUAUUGUGUACACUGUGCUUGGGGAUGUCAGCAUCUAUGUUGUGGGCAAGGACGAGUAUGAUGAACUUGCCUUGUCAGAAGUGAUAUUUGUGAUAACCUCUGCUGUGAAGGAUGUAUGUGGGAAGCCCCCAUCUGAGCGCGUUUUCCUUGACAAGUAUGGAAGAAUUUGCUUGUGUUUGGAUGAAAUUGUAUGGAAGGGAUAUUUGGAAAAUACAGAAAAAGAUAGAAUCAAAAGACUGAUAAGGUUAAAGCCUCCAACAGAGUUUUGAAUGAGAAGUUCCGAGCCACUCGUAGUUCAAUGACUAGUCUGAGUCGUGUGUUGACAGUGGCAUCUUGUAAAUGGGUAUGGGCUAGCAGUUGAAGUUUGUGCUGGAUAUCUGAGCUUUGCUACGACUGUCAUUCAGGAUAAGGCUUUUCCCCCUAUUCUAUAUCUAGUAUAGGGAAGGAUUAUCUUGUGCGAAUAUUUGUAUUAAAAUCUUCUCAACUUUUAACACUUGUAUUUUGUAGCAUUUUAAAAGGAUGUCCCUGAUUCUGAGUUGUAUAAUGUGCCUAUUUUUUCACUUGCAUAUUGUUUGCUAUAUGCCAAUCAUGUUUC